AUGUCCGACUCCUCAGAGCCCCCUUCGCCCGACAUUGUCCACGAAUUUCCAAGACAACCUGCGAGUGCUGCGCAUCAUCAAAACGGAGGCCCUCCUUUCCAGCCGUAUCGUGCACCCCUGUACAUCCAUCCGUACUAUCUGCCUGGAGGCAACAGGUCGCUUUCUGGGAUUGCAGCACGCGCCUUCGGAUUAGGGACCGCGUUCGGAAGCUGCCUCGUCCUGACUGUUCUGUUGGCUUACCUGGGGUAUGGUCUCUGGAGGGCACCUUGUUUCACUGCAAUGCUGGCGAUAUUUCACUAUCUAGAGUUUGACUCGACAGCACGAUACAACCCACCAGAUGCUCGCAUCUCGUCAUUUCUACUGCUUUCCAAUGGAUACGCAUACGCCUCUGCCCAUACAGCCGCUAUGCUAGAACUCCUGGCUCGAUAUUGGAUGCAUUCUCAACACAGGCCGCAGUGGCUUGUUGCACCAUUCUACAUUCCAACCAUUUUCCCAACCAUCCCAUCAGCCUGGAUUGUCAUGUUUGGCUUCAGUCUCAUUGUGGUCGGCCAAACCAUGAGAAGCUUGGCAAUGGCACAAGCCAAAACAAACUUCAACCACGUUGUUCAAUGGACAAAGAAGCCUGAUCAUAUUUUGGUAACCGAUGGUGUCUAUGCGUUCUCAAGACACCCGGCCUAUUUUGGCUUCUUUUGGUGGGGUCUGGGAACGCAAGUCAUGCUCGGAAACCGUAUUUGUUUUGUGGCGUAUGGAAUAGUGUUGUGGAGAUUCUUCUCGCACAGGAUCAUGCACGAAGAGCGUCAUCUUGUCUCCUUCUUCGGCCAGGCCUACGUUGAUUAUCGCAGUCGUACGCCCGUUCGCAUUCCAUUCAUUCGUUGA